AUGACUAUCGAAAAUUAUAGAUCGCCUUACAAUACUUACCUUCCGAGGCAGCCAGUAUCGGGCAUCUCAGAAACUGAUUUUAAUACUGAGGACAAUAUAAACCAAUCGGUUUCAUCUAUGACAGAUAGCCAACCCGAAAGAUAUUAUAAUGAUGUAUCUUCUGAUGUUAGCGACUGUCCUGGAUCGGAUAGAGGAAGUGAGAUCGGAAAUAGGCACUCAGAGUACUCGACGAAUGUUGCACAGAACACAAGACUGCCUAUUCGCGAUUCUCUAGGGAUCUCGGGAUGUCUUAUCAUCGCUGGGGGAACUCUAGGCAGUCUACUCGGCCUUGGAUUCCUCAUUUUUCUCUGGACUGCACAUGGCUCCAGUUCCGAGGCAGCUGACGCACCUAUGGCAUGGCGCAAGAUCAUGCUCAAUGGUUGGAUGGGGCAAGCUACUACCCUCACGGCUUUGCUCAUAAGGAUAUUUACGGCUUUACAAGCUACAGUAUGCACAGCUAUGCUGGCCUCCAUGUUCCUAGAGAAACGAUAUGUUCGGAAAGCGGAUGUCGUCCAGUUUUCCAUCAUCCGAGCUAUAAAUGACGGGCCCCGGAAGCUUACAGAGCUGAUAUUUUACACGCCAAGAGCUAUCUUUCGCAUUGAAGCUUUCCUAGCUCUGUUUCUAACACUCGGUAACUUGGCUCUGCAAUUUACUUCUACUAUACUUUUCUCAGAUAUACAAGAUGCCACUAUCGUUGGAUUUGGCAGCGCCGUUCAGGUACCCAAUUAUAUCAACCAAGUUACUGAUGGGAUAUAUAUUCCUGUCCCGGAGCAAGAGUCCCCCACUUAUAGGAUGUUUGGGGAAUUACAAUCGAAUGCAUCGUCUGCUCCUGACUCAAACGGCUUUAGUGAUUCUGGAUGGAAGCAAAGAGCACUCAUACCAUUGAGUUUACCAGACGAUAGAACCGCAGUUAGGAUGUUCCAGGGGGAUACAGCGGUCAUCAGCUCCCGUGUGAGUUGCAUGAGGCCUAAUUUAAAUGGGACUAUUCGUUCCGCUAAUACCUCCGGGGUUUCUGAUACGCAAUUUCACACGGGAGUAUUCUAUGGGUGGCUAUACUAUGGCUCAAGUCUCCAAGACUCGCACUCCGAUUCGUCAUUAUGCAACCCUCAAGGUUGCUACCGUUUGAAGUACCAAUGCGACAUUCCAGCAGAAUAUAAGGAUUUAUCGGACACCAACAUCAGAUUAAACUAUCAGAGCGCAUUUUGCUCAAUUGGGUUCGUCGGCGGCGCAAUAUUUGAUGGACACAAUCACGUCGGGUGGCAAGAUUCAAUGGUGCCCUGGUCGAAUCACUCUCUGAUUAACUUGGUCUAUUCCAGCAACAUGCUUGGUACGGGAUGGCACGAUGUUCAGAAUAACACCUACAACAUUUCCUCUCUUCCUAGCAUCAAUGAUGGGGAAUGGACGAGCUUUGAAAUUUUACCGGGCCGAUUCCUCAAUGUUUCGCUUUGCUUCCUGGCCUCUAGCAUGGAUCUGAAAUACGUUGAAAUGAGUGCGAAGGCGCCUCUUCAUGAACCGGUCGGGAAUUGGUCGAUACUAGAAACUUGGGAUUCGUCCGACGUUCGAACUUUUCUCGGUGCAGACCCAUUGCGCCAAGAUCACGCAGAACGAGGCAUCCUAACAAUCACCGAGCUCGAAGAGCCGAAAAGCAACUCCUCUAGCUUCAACGGCAGCAAUAUUGGUAAAAAUGGAACAAUGGUACAGAAGACAUACGGCAUGCUAGAUUGGUAUUUCUACUUGAUCAUGUCCGGAGAAGUCACUGAUAAGUACUCGUGGCGAGGAUGCAUACAGUGCGACUCCUUGGGACAUGGAACUCACGCGGGAUAUUCUAUGCUGUUCGAAGAUACUCUGCUUAAAACCAACCUGGCUGCCGAAACGCUGCUUUGCUUCACCACGGCCCUUGCAUUCCAGUGGUACACGGACUUUCUCUCGUCGCUCAAAGGGACGGUCGAAGUGGAUAUUGCAUCGACGAAAAGUGUACAGACGGCACAUCUGUGUAAACAGAGAGGCUGCGGGGGGAUUAUUUCCGUCGCAUUGAUAAUUGGAUUUUACCUUAUUACUGUAUUCAUAACGACGGCUUUAUUCAUUAGGCAGGUCUCUUACUCGCGACAGGGGAACGUCUGGCACGCCGUAUCGCAGCUAAUAGGGAACGAGCUGGAAGAGGCUUUAGAGAAUGGGAAUGAUAGGGAUGAUGAUGAUAUGGGAAAGUGGACAAAGGAAGAUGAUAAGGAUACUCUUGUGAGGCUCGAGAAGGUAGACGGUAGAAUCCAGGUUGUGAGGAAACCGGAAUUUCCUCUGCAAGGAGCUACUAAGAGCUGGAAUAGCUGGCUACCUAAGUUCUCGAAGAAGGAAGAAACGGGUUUGGGGCAUGAGUGACGAAAUAAAGCUUUGGAGAC